GGCCGCCGUCAUUAGAGGUUCAGAUGCGGGCGCUGUGCGCCGUGCGGUCGCGCUCUCUACGCCGUGAGACGGCGGCGUUCAUAUCACAGUGGAAGUCACAACGUCCGUAAUCAUCGCCGCGUCAUCCUUCCUGGCCUGAGGAUCAAGAUGAAGUUCACGGAACACUUGGCCGCACACAUCACGCCCGAGUGGCGCAAGCAGUACAUAUCGUACGAGGAAAUGAAGACUAUGCUCUAUGGGGCAGUGGAACGAGCUCCAUCUGCAGAAGUGGUGGAGCAGAGUGUGAUUACAAGGUACCUGGCAUCAUUCGAUGAAGAGUUCUUCCAGUACUGUGACAAGGAGCUGGCCAAGAUCAACACUUUCUAUUCGGAAAAACUAGCCGAGGCGACACGAAAGUUCAGCAACCUCAAGUCUGAGCUGAACAACUACAUCAGCAAGCUGGAGUCGCACCGGCUGAGUGGCAGUGGGGCUGCCGGGGGAGGAGGGGGCCGACUGGGUUUGAUGCGGGCCUUCGACCGGCAAGCGCAAGAGGUCAAGAUCCACACGCGCAAGAUUCACGACUUGAAGCUGGCCUUCAGUGAGUUCUACCUCAGCCUCAUACUCUUGCAGAACUACCAGAACCUCAACUUCACUGGCUUCCGAAAGAUCCUCAAGAAGCAUGACAAGCUCUUGGGGACAAACCUGGGUGCCCAGUGGCGCCAAAGCAACGUGGAAGCAGCACCUUUUUACACCAACAAAGACAUUGACCGUCUCAUCCAGGAGACAGAGAGCUUGGUGACCACCAUGCUUGAAGGAGGUGACCGACAGAAGGCCAUGAAGCGGUUACGAGUGCCUCCACUUGGUGAUCAGCAAUCCCCUUGGGUGACCUUCAAAGUGGGCCUCUUUUCUGGUGCCUAUAUUGUACUCAUCAUUGCAGUGAUCCUUUCAGGUGUGUUUAGCCAGACGCGGGACGACUGGCGCAUCGUGUUCCGUCUCUACCGGGGCACACUGCUUAUUAUCCUGUUCAUGUUCCUCAUCGGAGUCAAUGUUUAUGGCUGGCGAACAUCAGGUGUCAACCAUGUGCUCAUUUUUGAGCUCGAUCCUCGCAACCACCUUUCCGAACAACAUCUCAUGGAGAUGGCAGCCAUCUUUGGUGUCCUGUGGGCACUGAGCGUGCUGGCGUUCCUCUACUCGGGCCCCCUGGCCAUCCCCACGUAUGCGAACCCUCUCGCCUUGCUUCUGCUCAUGCUGGUGUUUCUGGUGAACCCGCUGCACACCAUGAGGCACCAGGCACGCUUCUGGCUGCUGCGAGUUCUGGGACGCAUCUUCGCAGCUCCUUUCUUCUACGUGGGCUUUGCAGACUUCUGGCUGGCCGACCAGCUCAACAGUCUCGUGCCGGUAUUCAUUGAUGCCCAGUACUUUGUCUGCUUCUACGCUACAGACUUCCAAUGGAUGGAGAAUAGUGAUGCAGCUCGCUGUAUGAACCGGCCGGUGAACCUUGCGCUGCGACCUGUGCUCGCAUGCCUGCCAGCGUGGUUUCGGUUUGCUCAGUGCCUGCGUCGGUACCGAGACACACGAGAGGCCUUUCCACAUUUGGCCAAUGCCACCAAGUACGCCACCACAUUCUUCGUCGUGCUCUUCUCAACACUCUUCAAUGUCUACAGGGACAGCUACCCGUCAUCGAGCAGCCACCCGUUCUUCAUCCUUUGGAUCCUGUCUGCAGUGGUCAGCUCGUGUUUCACCUACACCUGGGAUGUCAAGAUGGACUGGGGCCUGUUUGAUUCCAAUGCCGGCGAUAACCGCUUCCUGCGGGAGGAGAUCGUCUACUCUUCCCCGGGAUAUUACUACUUUGCCAUCUUGACGGACUUGGCACUCCGUUUUGGAUGGACAUUAUCGGUGUCCCUGACAGAGCUUGGUGUCAUCCAUUCAGACCUAAUGGUCACCAUCCUUGCCCCGCUUGAAGUCUUCAGGCGUUUUGUGUGGAACUUCUUCCGACUGGAAAACGAGCACCUGAACAACUGCGGCAAGUUCCGAGCGGUGCGCGACAUCUCUGUGGCGCCCAUCGAUGCUGGAAACCAGGCCCUCUUGGUACGCAUGAUGGACGAGCCGUGUGGCGUCGUCAACCGUGGGGGCCGGCGGGACCUUCGAAAACGUACCAACAAGCAUAAGAAGUCAUCGCCGGAGACUAAAAUACUCCUCGACAGUGCGGAAGGCGAUGACACUGCAGACGUCUAGUCGGCCUCAUCUGCUUGCUGCUUCACCUUGCUCGGGACAUCAUCAUCAUCGUGUGGAGAGCAAGGCCAGUCUUCUCAGGAGAGCGUCCUAAGCCUCACCACCAUUUUGUUCCAUCCACUCUGUCUUGCAUUGCUUGCAGUAGGGGAUCACCUUGCUUAUGCUUGCCACUUGUACCGCAGGCGUGGGUACACUAUUGUGUCUCUUGAAAUGGCACUGUACAGCAAAUUUCCGGGAGAAUAUUUUUAAUAGUUCCCUGAGCAGAGAGUUGCUAUAGGUUUUCUUAUUUAAUUUAACAUGAAGCAGAAAAUCCUAAACUUCUUUUACAGUACUUUGGAAAUUUCAGCGUGCAUCUGUAUCAUUCAUCAACUUGCGGUAUCCUGUAUGUAUAAGACUAGAGGUUACUGUGCUUACAAUGUGUGGCAUUAGCAAAUGUUUGAGCUAGAAUGAGGUAAGCAAGUUUGGGCGAGCAUAAAGAGUGAGCUGCUUUUGAUAAUGUCAACUUUGCUUUCUAGCAGAGUCACAUUUUUGCAACGUCCAUCAUGAAAGCGAGCGGUAAGGUGUUAAGCAAGAACUUGUUGUGAAUGGGGCAAUUUCAAAUACCAGACAUGCACCAUCGUUUGCGGAAAAAGAAUUCGGCUUGCUCAUUUGAUGACAUCAAUACAUAGAUUGCAGUGCUUAAAGCAAUAAAGUUGUAAAAUAAAAAAAGGGCCAUUUAGCCAUUUUUUCACUGCUAUCAUUACCACUGCUAUCAUUAAUUAGCUCUUGCAGCCAUUAUUUCUAGCCAGAUUGCAUCUAAUGUGACAUCGACUGAUUACAGCACAAAGCACUGCAGUCGUGGCCAGGUUCAUUGUGAUGCACACGUUUGAAGUGCCAUUGUGAUAGAAAGUUUGAACAAGCCGAGUGUGAGUGUUAAAGUAGCGAAUGUAAAGGGACGGCCAACAUGACAUUUUUUUACUCUCUAUUUUUUGUACAUUAUGAGGUCUGUGACCCAUAACACUAGAAGAAAUGCUGGCAAGCGUUAAAACACCUUAAGUCCUUUAAGGUUUUCUGCACCCAGUUUUGGUUUCACUUGCCUGUGUCAUGGUGCAAUGUCGCAGAUGGUGGUUGUGCGUGAUCAGGACAAUGCGUUAUUUUGGCACUCACUCAGGCUCACUGAAACCGCGUAGCUCCUGUGCUGCUACUUCAGUGGGGCCCAAUGUAGCAGCAUUGCAGACAGCCGAGUGAGUGUCAAAAAGCUGCGCUGCCCCAUUCCCACCUUUUGACUCACUGCACCACCACACAGCAACCUUCUAGGAAAUGGUGCGGAAAGUAGCCGUAGCAAAGCUAUUAUAAUAAAUUAAUUAGGGUGCUCUGGGGCUUCCAGUGUUUUUUUCUGUGGUUUAGAUAUCUAGGACCUUAAUUUAUUGUCACGACUACUUCAAAACUUGAAUGUGGCCAAUGUUUAACUCUGGUGUGUAUUCCGUUUUGUGAGGAGUCAGAUAAGCAGUAUUUGUCUGCUGCGUCUACAGGGCACAGGUUGGUGCAUCCCAAAGGCAUUUUCUCAGAGUCCCCCCUAAGUGACAUUUUUUUUUAUAUAUGUGCUUGAUUCACCAUACUUUUUUAAGAAAAGAGCUCCUCAUCGUUGCACAGAUAGAUAGCUGUAGCUAAGUGACAUACUAUGUAGCGCUUUUGCUUCUGCCUCUUGCGAUAUAACCCAUGAACAUGACUUGAAUAGUAGCAGCAUGCUGAGCUUCAUAUUUUGCUUGUAAUUCACUGGUUAGCAUUAUCUAGCACAGACACAAAGUCUCUGUGUUUUAACAUUUCAAGUUGUGCCUUGAAAGUGCCGUCAUCAGCACGUGCAUACGCGUACGUGUGCUUUUGCUCUUUGAUGUUUGUGAAGCAGUGUGGAGCAAAGAACAAAGCAAGGAUGGUUCAGCUUGUGCAUGUGUUUAGUGGAAACUGCUGGGAGGUGUCAGGGUGACUUCCACGGCACGCCAACCGAGCAUUGUCUGCUGCCCCAGUGGGUGGUUGGUGACAUGGAGAAGGCUAUGCUUGGUUCUUGGCUUUCUGCGACUAAAACAUAAGGCAUUGUAGGAGGCAGUAAUGAAAUACUACUACUUGACUAAGUUAUCUUAUGUAAUGAAAUGUGUCUCGGCAAAGACUACAAAAAUUGUUUAGAUGACUUUAAGUAAGCAUCCAGUCCAUUGGCAGUGCACUUAUUCCGGUUGCCAAACAUCAGAAAUUGCCUAAUAUUAGUGGCAACAUUGUCAUUUUCAUUGAGCAACCUUUUAUUUAAUAAUUUUAUGUUCUAAUAUUGAUUCUAAAGAUGUCUCGUUGCCUGAAGUAUGUUUGUUAGCUAGAAACCCUGAAGAAGGCCUACGUAGCUCCUGGAUAUCUCUUUUCAUAAAAGGUAAUUGCUUAUAUCUACCUGCAUGCUAACAUGUUGCUGAAGAUGCAGACAUCUGAUUGUCUCAUUCUCGUGUAAUUUUUAUGUUAGUCUCUGUGGAAACAGCCCAUGUAUGAAGUGCCAAGGCUGGAUUUAAGUUUGAGUAAUUCAAUACAUGUACUGUCAGUGUUUUCAAAAAUGUCACCUUGGCAUUUAGGCCAGUGCUACACUUGUGCAGUAAAUUCUGAGCACACACAUAAGAAAAAACGGGAAUGAAAUUACGAGCACCAAUAUAGGACGCUGAAACAGCAGGCUCAGAUAAAAAAUGUAUUACUAACCACUCUGGAGGGAAAAAGACUUGUAGCAGAAAGGGAAAACAAUGUGUUUCCUUCCGCAUUACUACUUGACAAUUCAUCAGUUAACUUACCUAACUGCUAGUCAUCGGUUAAGUACAAUUGGAAUGGCCGGUUACUACCAGGGUGACGUCACUUGUCAGACGUAAGGAGGCCAUUCCAUAAUGGUUAUAGAUACAUAUUGCAGGCAGGGUGCGAGACAACUAUGUUUCUGUGCAGUGCUAGUCUAGGCACGGGUCAUGCUGAACAAUGCUGAGCUCAUUUUUUUUUGCCGCAUUAGCCUAGGAAGUAAGACCGAAGCAAGAUUAAUGUGUUCCUCUUCAUCUUGCUGAACAUAGUUUUUUAUGCGGUUCAGCCAAAGCCAUUCAAGUGAACUCAAACUUAGGGGCAUUGUGUUAUCAACAUUGGGUGAAUGCAGAUGACAGAGCGCUUGGUUUUCGCAAAACCUUGCGAAAAGCAAGAACAAUAUCUGUCUGUGUCAUGGUAAUGCGAUAUGUCACGAUUGAGCAUGGUCAUGAGCAUGACACUUCAAAGUUGGCCACCAAUCUUUGUAAUUGUCACUUUUCACAAUGACCACGAGAAUGUACAGUUUGCAGCAUCCUAAUUGGUGUCGAUAGUACACGCAGAAUGCAGGUUGGCUGUGACAUGAUUAUUAUUUUUUUUUUUUUCAAAUGACUUGUUACUCACACAUUAGUUCAUUUCACUCGUACUAGCAAGUUUCUGUUGCAAAAACAUUGCUGGUGUAGUCGGUGUCAGAUACAUACACACGUUUUAGAUGUGUACUUUUGCUCAUUUCAGGAGACAGCCCUUCCUUGUGCUCCUAUGUUUCUCAUCCGAGGUUCACUGAUGAGUAUGACUCGUUACGUUGUCAUUCCACAAUCAUUAAGCUCUUAUUAGAGUUGGGCAUUAUUUGCCAUGCAUUUCGGCAGUUUCUGCCAAAAGUGCAUUUUACGUAGCAUUUCUUACUUUUGUCUGUUCCACGUAUGCCUUUAGUCAUGUAUGAUAUAAUGCAACAACUGUGUUUCCAGUUGUAAACUGUGACCUUGUAAUGUUUAUUUUGUGCACACUGUACUCACAUUAACAGCUUCUGUCAUGUGCACUCGACUCGUUGCAACUGUGAGACUUGAUAGUUUGUGCUUGUUUGCUUUGUUAGUAUCCUUUGCCAUAUAUUUAUGUAGCACUUAUUUAAACAGGGUUUUAGAUGCUUACAUCGAAUUUUCAGUCAGUAUUGUAUUGGAAGUACACGGGCUUUAAAUUUUUUUCUAGGAGCAUUUUCAUUUGUCAUACCGGUGUGCUCAUAUAUAUUUACAAACUUCGAUAUUUUUAAAUAGAACUUUUUAAAAUAAUUUUGCUAUGUUUUCCUUCGAAGGCUUUUGAGUUUACGUAGAUUUAGUACUUACAUUGAUCUCUCCAUUCGUGAAUGUUUUAGCGUAACAAAAGUGUCAUUUGAUAUGUGAAAUACCUGUGGAUUCAGGUUUGAAUUAUACCGGUGAUAUGCGAGAUCACAGCACUUGGUGUCCUUUUUUUGCCCUUUUUUAGUGCACUCUAGUUUUUAUGAGAAAGUACUAAUAGUGUUAGAAAUUAAACCUUUUUUAAAA